AUGUUUUUCGUCUUCUUUUUAUAUUAUUCUUCCUUACUUCCGUCGACCUCACGUCUCCGUUUCCUUCCCUUUCGUUCCCGCCUCCGCUCCGAAUAUCCGCUCUCCUCGCCGCGUCCUCAUUCCCGACGCGCGACAGAGCUAGACCCGCUGCACGUUAUACACGUGCCGGACAGCGCGUGGUUCCAGGAGCAGGCGGUGCUGCGCGUGUCGUUGGGCACGAGCCUCUUCUUCGUGCUGCUCGCGCUGCUGCUCGUCAACGUGCGCAAGGAGUCCGACUACCGCGACGCGUGGCACCACGGCGGCUGGUUCGUGAAGCUCAUUGCGUGGCUGCUGCUGCUCGUCGUCGCCUUCCUCGUGCCGGACUCCGCCGUCUCCUUCUAUGGCUACGUGAGUCGCGGCGGGUCGUUCAUCUUUCUGUUCGUGCAGGCGCUGAUUCUCCUGGACUUCGUCUUCGCGUGGAACGACGACUGGGCGUCGCGCGACGAGCACCGAUGGUACAUGGCGAUGCUGGUAGUGUCCAUCGGUGCGUACGUGGUGUGUCUGGCGCUGCUGAUCGUGCUGGCCGUGUGGUUCGUGCCCAACAGCGACACGUGCCAGACCAACCAGCUCAUCCUCUUCUUCUCCGGCUUCCUCAUCGUUGGCCUCACCGCCGUCUCCCUGCACAACAAGGUGAACGGCAGUCUGCUACCGGCGUCCAUCAUCUCGGUCUACAGCGUGUACGUGGCAGCCACAGCGCUCUGCUCCGAGCCGCGUGACUACGAGUGCAACGGCCUCGCGCCGCACCUCAACUCCCUCUCCUCCACACGCCUCGCCCUCUCCAUGCUCGGCGCACUGCUCUCUGUUGCCUACUCUGCGCUCCGGGCUGGCUCCUCCACUGCACUGCUCUCACCCCCGGAUGAUGACCAGGAGCUGGAGCAUCCGCUGCUCCCCACGACUGUCGACCCCAACUCAUCAAAGCCCGACAGCGCCACCACUGCCUCCCCAAGCGACGCAGCAACAAGCGAGCCAGCGGCGUACAACUACUCCUUCUUCCACCUCAUCUUUGCACUCGCUGCCGCCUACUCCGCCAUGCUGCUCACGGGGUGGGGCGUGGGGUCGUCAGCGCAGGUAGCGGGUGGGGGCGAGGCGGAGUAUCUGAUUGAUGUGGGGUGGGGGUCUGUGUCUGUGAAGCUGCUGCAGCAGUGGGGCACGGCGCUGCUCUACGUCUGGGCGCUUGUGGCGCCGCUGCUCUUCCCCGACCCGUCCCCGUUUUCCCCCAUGCGCGCCCGCCCCCUCCUUCACGCGAUCACUCCCUGCAGCGUCGCCCGUGGUCCCCAACCCCGUCACUAUCUCUCCCCUUUCCCCACGCUAGCACUCCCCUAUACUGUCGAGUUCACUCCCCCUUACCUCCCCAUUACUCCCCUUCCACGUCGAGCUCACUCCCUUUCCAAGGGCUAUCAAACUAGUCGCACUUUCCCUCCUUCACUCUCCACUUUCGUGCCGCCCCCCCUCUCCAAGCCCCACCUACCCUUCCCCUUCGCAAGCACCUCCCCUGCACCUUCGCUAUCUCUUCCUUCCCCCCUCGAUACCUCACUCGAAAACCUUCCGCUAGCCAUCUCCUUCCCCACUGCUAUCGCUCCCUCCCCGUCCCUCUCACUCCCCUUCCCCCACGUGACCAUUCCCCUCCCCUCGAUUACCAUGCUCGUGCUCCCCCCAUGCGCUCCCUCCACUUCCCCCGUCACUGUUUCCCCCGUCCCUGCAUCCCCCCCUCCCCUUCCCUGCUCCCUCCCAUCCCCUUCCCUGCUUCCCCCCAUCCCCUUCCCUGCUUCCCCCCGUCCCGUGCCCUGCUUCCCCCCAUUCCCACAAUGGCUUCCCCCCAACCCCCUCCCUGCGUCCCCCAUCCUCUUCAUUCUUUCCCCUUAUCCCAAGCCCUGCUUCCCCCCAUCCGGUUUUCUGCUUCCCCCCCUCCCCUUCCCUGCUUCCCCAUGUCCCCUUCCCUGCUUCCCCCACUCCCCUUCCCCGCUUCCCCCCCUCCCCUUCCCCGCUUCCCCCCCUCCCCUUCCCCGCUUCCCCACAUCCCCUUCCCUGCUAACCCCCUCCCCGUCCCUGCUUCCCCCCCUCCCCUACCCCGCUUCCCCCCAUCCCCUUCCCUGCUUCCCCCCCUACCCUGCCCUGCUACCCCCCCUCCCCUUCCCUGCUUCCCCCCAUCCCGUGCCCUGCUUCCCCCAUCCCCUUCCCCGCUUCCCCCCAACCCCCUCCCUGCAUCCCCCAUCCUCUUCAUUCUUUCCCCGCAUCCCAAGCCAUGCUUCCCCCCAUCCGGUUUUCUGCUUCCGCCCUCCCCUUCCGUGCUUCCCCAUGUCCCCUUAUCCCAAGCCCUGCUUCCCACCAAUUCAAUCCCACAGCUACAUGACAUCAAUGCCCUUUUCCCUGCUAUAUCCCUCCACCACUCCAAUCCGCAGGUGUGCGUUGCCCCUCAGCCCCACACCAUGGCAGCAGUGCACGUCCCAAAAUACAUCGCACACUCCGGCGCCGUCUCACUCCCAGCAGCCCCACCAUGAGCAAGUGUCGUUUGAACACGAGCCAGCCCUCACCACCGAGCAUCCGACGAACCCAAUGCAUUCAUCGCAUACCCCAACCAACUCGAAAAAUGGGGAGGGGAGGCAUGGGGAGAAGAGGGAUGGUAAGAUGGGGGAUGGGGACAUGAGGGACGGGGAGAAGAGGGAUGGGGAGAUGUGGGAUGGGGAGAUGAGGGAUCGGGGGAUGAGGGAUGGGGAGAUGAGGGAUGGGGGGACGAGGCAUGGGGAGAUGAGGGAUGGGGAGAUGAGGGAUGGGGAGGUGAGGCAUGGGGAGGUGAGGGAUGGGGCGGAGAGGGAUUGGGAGGUGAGGGAUAAGGAGAGGAGGGAUGGGGAGGUGAGGCGUGGGGAGGUGAGGGAUGGGGAGGUGAGGGAUGGUAAGGUGAGGGAUGGGGAUGCGAGGCAUGGGGAGAUGAGGGAUGGGGAGAUGAGGGAUGGGGAGAUGAGGGAUGGGGAGAUGAGGAAUGGGGGGACGAGGCAUGGGGAGGUGAGGGAUGGGGAGAUGAGGGAUGGGGAGAUAAGGCAUGGGGAGAUGAGGGAUGGGGAGAAGAGGGACGGGGAGGUGAAGGAUGGGGAUAAGAGGGAUGAGGAGGAGAGGGAUGGGUGUACACGACGGAAGGGGAGUUAG